UAUUAAUAUUUUGGUUAAGGCGAUCACGUUGUAAAAAUCACGUCUUAUUUUUGGCUUAUUUCGCCUCUAAUACGCCUUCACUUACCCCCAAAAUGUCACAAAACACGUGGAAAACCUUAACGAACAAGUAGAAACCAUGAAAGCCCGGUGAUAACGCGGAGAAACCCGAGAACACGACCAGAGAACAGGAGCAGGGGAGGGAUGGAGGAGGCCGCCGGUGUGGGAGAAACUUUAUAAUAUUUCCUUUUUGUGAUGAUUCUGCGGCGCCUGGUGUGGUGGGGCCUGCGGGGCCGUGCCGGGGCGGGCCUGGGGCGGGGCUGGGGCUGUCCCGGGGGCCUCCUGGGUGCUCAGUACACCCCUGUGGCUGCCCUGCCCGUGCCUGCCUGGGGUGGACGGCCCGGAGGCCUCAGCGGCAUCCCGAGCCUCAGCGCCGGAGGAGGGAAGAGUCCGCACACAGCCAGCCUCUCCUCCGCCGCCUUCACGUGGAGCAGGAGGAGGAGGAAGAGGGAAAAGGACGGGGAGGGUGAGGGGCUUCUCUCCGCUCCCUCCUCACGCCAUUUGUCCAAGUACUGUGAGAGCAAUGAGGUUGGGGUGCAGGACGACGAGGCGAGGCAGGUGGAGGUGGAAGGGGUGCAGAGGGGUGACGAAGGCGGAGGUGGAGGGGGCGGUGAAUUCUUCGACACAAAAUACCACAGACACAACAGUAUUCAGAAGGGAGAUAUUGGCGUCAAGGUCAACGUCGGGGAGUCCGUGAUCGCCGCCUUGGACCGCCUCUACCACAUCCCGAGGCCCGAGGCGCUGGCUAUGGUGCGGCCCGAGGAGUUCCUUCUGGUCUCGGACACGGCCCUUCUCCGCACCCUAUACUUCCUGAAGGAGCGAGCCGUCACCAGGGAGCAGCUGCGGCGCCUGCCCGGGCUCCUGCUGCAUGCCCCGGACAACCUCCAGCGGAAGUUCGCCAAAUUGACCGAACCACAUCUCUUCCACUCAAUCUCCGCCGGCCUGGGAUUCUGCCUGUUCUCGGAGCGGCAGAUCAUCCACUACCAACAGCUUUUUGCGGAGGAGGGCGAGACCUUUCCCAACCACCGCAACCGACUGUACUACCUGGCGGAGAGGCUUGAGGUUGACGUGGAGUUGUUGACCGCCAAGAUCGUCAAGCCUAAACUGCUUCUCAAAAUGGAAAUCAACCGAAUCAACCAUAUCAUCGAGCUUCUAACCAGGUAUGGCGUACAGAAGCAGGACAUUGUGGCGGACCUGUGGGUGUUCUACCACAAUGCGCAGGUCACGGAGAGCAGGCUGGUGCAGGUCGCCCAGGCAGGCUGCACGCGUCCCAAGCCAUGGAUCUGCCACUCUUCAGCCUGGGUGUUUGAGAGGUACCUCGCAAGAACCCGGGCCAGAUCACAGCUUCUAGGGGAGACCGGUGACCUGGUGGCCUUCCUGAGCGAUCGCCUGAGUUGCCCUGCGCACGAGGUCACCGCCCUGUGUCGUCGGAACCCCCUCCUCCUGGGUGUACAUGUCGGCAAGCUCCAGCGGAUGAUUGACAUGUUGUACGAGGAGGGAUUUACGCCAGAUGAUGUGAGGUCCUGUCUACGCGUCCUCCAGCACUCUGAGAAAAGGACGCGGCGCAGGAUCAGGGAGAUGAAGGCCCUCGGACACUUUCCGUUUCCGAUCUCCAUCCUGUACAAGAAGGCCGUGACCUACUCCAACUAUCUCAACCGGGUCAGGCGGAAGAUGAAGAAGGAGGAGGUGAAGAGGUUGAUGGAGCAGAUGGGAGAGGAGGAGGAGGAGGAGGAGGGGGCAGGGGCUAGAGGGAGGAGGGAAGAGUGAGGAGGAGGAGAUGAGAGAGAGGGAGGUUGUUGAAGAAAUGAAGGAGAGAGAGAGAAGAAGAAGAAGAGGAGGAGGAGGAGGAGGAGGAGGAGAGAAGAGUGAGGAAGAAGAUAGGAGGAGGAGGAGAAGAGAGAGAGAGAGAGAGAGAGAGAGAGAGAGAGAGAGAGGAGGAAGAAGAUUUGAAAAAGGAGAAGGAAGGAAGGAAGGAAGAAGAUUAGAAGAGAGAGAAGGAAGAAGAAGAAGAGGAGGAGGAGGAGGAGGAAGAAGAAUUAAGAAGAUAUGAAAAGGAGGAAGAGGAGAAGGAACAGUCUCUCUCUCUCUCUCUCUACUUAAUAAAUUUCUAUAUAUACAAAACACUUCAAACCUGUAAAUAAUUGUAAAGAAAUAAAAUUAUAAGUAUUAAGUGUCUA